AUGUCGACGACACGCACCAAUCCCAAAGACUCGAUGAAGUCGACUUGGCUUCGAGGCAAUCGGAGCCAGUGGAAGUGGUCGCACAAGCUGCUCGCAUCGCAGCUCGCAUCGCACCCCGAAUACGACCGCGACAUCCCCGUGCACGCCAAGACGGAUCCGAUGCCGUACAUGGGGGGAUGGAGCCCGCACGCCUUUGUCCUCGUCUUUGCACUCGGCACCAUGGCCGCGCACCAGGCUGUUCUGCACUUUUCCGGCUGGCGCGCUCUCCCCGCGUGGCUCGCUUUCGGCCUCUACACGGCGGGGGCGCUUAGCAUGAUGGGCCGGCUGACGACGGCGCUGCGCGCGCUGGGCAAGGCGCACGGCUUCAUGGACGGCGAGCACGCGCGCGACGGCGUGCCCGACGUGGGCGUCGACCGCGUAGCCAUCUCGCUCGGCAAGCUAAUGCUCGGCCGGCCGGGGCUGACGGUGCUGCUCGCGUACCAGUCGGCCACGGCGCCGCUCGACGUUGUCGGCCGGCCGACGUGGUGGGCGUGGCUGGCGCUGCACAUUGGCGUGUACACGCUGGCGCUCGACUUCUUCUUCUACUGGUACCACCGGGCAAUGCACGACGUGCCGUUCCUGUGGAAGUACCACCGCAGACAUCACCUCACCAAGCACCCCAACUCGAUGCUAACGGGCUACGCCGACGACGAGCAGGAAAUGGGCGACAUCUUGAUCAUGCCGCUGCUGACGUACCUGGCCAUGCACGCUGCGUUUGGCGACAAGUUUGACUUUUACCACUGGUGGGUGUGCCAGGUGUACGUCCUCUUCACCGAGUCAGUCGGCCACUGCGGCGUGCGCGUCAUGACAUCGUCGCCGUCGACACUCGUGUGGCUCUGGGAGUGGCUGGGCGUGUCAAUAACCAUAGAGGACCACGACAUGCACCACCGCCGCGGCAGCAAAAAGAGCUUCAACUACGGCAAGCAGUCACUAGUGUGGGACAACAUUUUUGGCACGUCGUAUCCGAGGGAGGAGUCGCUGAUGGUUGAUUAUUCGAAAGUGGUGCACAUGCCGCUGUUUUAG